AUGGAAUUCGAAAAGCGCCACGGCUCCUCCAGCUCCAUGGAGCUCUUCUACGAAGCCGUCAAUGAUGACCUAGCCCGCUACACCCUGCUAGCCCUGGGCUGCGCCGCAGCUGCAUACUACAUCUGGCAGCUCACAGUUCGAUUCUCUGACCACCUACGAAGACUAUCCACAUUCAACGAUGACAAUCAACGGUAUUUCGUCCCAGCUCAUGAGAAGUUCUCCUGGAUCAAGAACCAUUUGAUCUAUGCCCCAUUGUUCCGGAACCGCCACAACCGCGAAUUGCAAUUGUCACAGGCUAUCAACAUGGGUACACUGCCCAGUCGCUUUCACGGAUUGCUGGUUACCGGUGUCGUUGCUAUGAAUGUUAUUCUUUGCGUUGUUACUAUUCCUUAUGCGUCCGAGGAAAGUACCGCUGCUGGUAUCGUUCGUAACCGGACUGGUACUAUGGCUACUGUGAACUUGAUUCCACUUGUGUUGAUGGCGGGCCGGAACAAUCCUUUGAUUGCUAUGCUUCAUGUUCCUUUCGAUACGUGGAACCUCCUUCACCGAUGGCUGGGACGUAUUGUGGUUUGUGAGGCUUUGGCACAUACGUUUGCCUGGGCGAUUCCUAAAGCUCAGGAUGCAAGUUGGAGUGCCGUUGGCUCAUACAUUGCUGGAAGUAGCUUUCUGACUGCUGGUCUGGUUACUACCUGUGUUGCAGUCGCGCUUUUGGUACACUCACCAUCCCCAAUUCGCCAUGCCUUCUACGAGACAUUUAUCCACCUGCACUUCGCCCUCGCCGCUGUCUUAAUGGGCUUCCUGUGGGUGCAUCUAAAUGGAUAUGCCGCUCAGAACUACUUGCUCGGUGCGAUAAUCCUGUGGGCACUUGAGCGCGCAACCCGCCUCUUCAUUAUCGUAUACCGCAACUUCGGUCGCGCUUCCACAACGGCCACCAUCGAAGCAAUGCCCGGUGACGCCAUGCGCAUUACCCUCCGUCUCGCCCGACCAUGGAAGUUCCGACCCGGUCAACAUAUCUACCUUUACAUCCCAGCAGUGGGAUGGUGGACCUCGCACCCAUUUUCCGUUGGCUGGAGCGAAGACGAGGACAAGAUGUCCGACGAGAAGUCUUUGCCAAUGGCCCACCAAGACCUACUCGGUGCACCGCAGCAAACGACUCUUUCACUGCUUGUUCGCCGACGUACAGGUAUGACCGAUAAAUUAUUUCAGCGCGCAGCCAACGCCAUGGGUGGCCGCAUCACACUCCGCGCUUUCGCCGAAGGACCUUACGGUAAUAUCCAUUCCAUGGAUUCUUACGGUACAGUCAUGCUCUUCGCGGGCGGUGUCGGUAUCACCCAUCACGUUCCCUUCGUCCGUCACCUUGUAGCUGGCUUUGCGGAUGGCACGGUGGCUACGCGCCGCGUUACCCUUGUGUGGAUUAUUCAGUCCCCUGAACACCUGGAAUGGAUCCGUCCUUGGAUGACGAGCAUCUUAGCCAUGGACCGUCGGCGUGAGGUGCUGCGUAUCAUGCUGUUUGUGACCCGUCCUCGUAAUACCAAGGAAAUACAGAGCCCGUCUGCGACUGUGCAGAUGUUCCCUGGCCGACCGAAUAUUGACACGCUUGUUGGAAUGGAAGUGGAAAACCAGAUCGGUAAGAUGGGUGUGCUUGUGUGUGGAAACGGUAGCUUGAGCGAUGAUGUUCGUCGGGUAUGUCGCAAGAGGCAGUCCAAGUCUAACCUGGAUUAUGUUGAGGAGAGCUUUUCAUGGUAG